AUGCGUGAAUUGGUACCAGUAGAUUUACCAUGGAAGAGAAGUGAAGAGAUAUAUCGACAAGCGCAAUAUUUCUGCAUUAAACCUGAUAGAAGUUCGGUUAAAUGUAAAUCACCGUUGGGUUGCUAUCAGAUUCGAUAUACUUCACUUGCAGUAUCCAAUAAUCUUCCGGCUGGUUGCAUAUCAGAUAUUGAUGAAACAUUAUUGGAAAAAUAUCCAUAUUUAGCAUUAUGCUCAAGUUAUUUAAAAAAUGGAUUUGCCAGAAAAUGCUUCUAUACGGAUACACGUGAUGAAGAAACAGCUAUGCCAUUGAUAGUAUGUUGCUGUAAUAUGAAUCCUUAUAAUGAUUGUCCGUUACAUGCUCGUAUAAGUAAUUUAGGAUAUGUUUAUAAAACGAAUGAAAGGAAAAGAUUGAAAUCUGAAAUAUCAUUUGAAAAGAAGAAAAAAGGAAGAGGAAAAGGGAAAAUAAAUUAG